AUGGCCAAUGGCGCGCCGCCGCAUGGAUCAGUACUGGCGGAUGAAGAAGAAGAAAGGCAUGGCGCGUAUCCUGUUGUGUCUGAUGACUCCGACGAGCCGGCGGCGUGGCUUCAUCAGCAUCAACCCACGACGUGCAGGCGGAUCUUCUUGGCCGCCCUGGGCGGCGGCGGCGACCUGUCCGCGGGGCCACGCGGCACGAACACGGUGGAGAGGUCGUGCGGCACGGGGAAGAAGGCGCGCUGCAGGCCCGGGCGGGCGCAGCAGCGCUUCCUCUUGUUGUCGGAAGGCGGCAGCGCGGGCCUCGCCGGCUUUCGUGGCGCCGGAGGGCACACCUGGGCUGGCCGUAGCAGGCACGGCGACGACGUCGGCGUGACGCAGGCGGGCGACGACGGCGUCGAUGUCCAGGCCGCCGCCGCCCAGGCCCAGGCGCGGCAGCAGGGAGCUUUCGCCGUCGGCGUGACGCAGCCCGUGUCGGCGGCGUCCGGGCCGUCGGCGUCGUCGCCCGCCGGCCCGAGCCGCCGUCGUCGUCGCGGCGCCCGCUGCGGUCUGGAUCGGCCGGAGCACGGCCAAUUCAGAGAGGUCGAGCUCGACGCCCAUCGGAUGGAUAGUAUAGUAAUGAGAUGGAGAGGCUGCUGA